CUAAACCGGGUCUUGACUUCCGUUUACCCUGCGGCCGUGGAACUGGAUACCAUAAUCGACACGACAGCUCCCGGCUCUGCUCAAACUUCCAGCUCACUCAGAAAUCCUCUGAUUCAGAGAUUCGGCUCGGCUCUCCUCUCGUGGUCGGACUAUGAGCCGCAAGAGAGAGAAACCCUCCUACUUCUCCCGCCAAGUCCCCGCCCUCAUAUCCAAGCGUCGCCGCCCGCUCCCCCGCCCUCCUCUCGACCCAUCCUCCUCCGUAGCCGGCGCCGAUGACGACGCGCCCACCUCGAAGCCGUCCCCGCCUCCUGCUGUGGUUGCCAUGGGCCUGCCGCCGAACUGCUCGGUCCUAGACCUCAAGUCCCGGUUCGAGAUCUACGGCCCCAUAUCCCGCAUCCGCAUCGACCGGGAUGAGGUGGGCUACAUCACGUUCCGGUCCAAAGACUCCGCCGUCGCCGCAAUCGCCGCCUCCCUCGACCCUUCUUUCGGCAUCUCUAUCGACUCCAAACCCGUGCAAGUAUCCUGGGCGAACGAUCCUCUCGCGCAGUGGGGAGUCGGAGUUGGCAUCAACCGGGGCAUUGGAAGCAGGUCAUCCUCGUCGUCGAAGCUUCUGAAGGCAGAGGUCCCCCUAAGCAAAUACGGGCGGGCCAACAAGCUCGCCUCGACGAUAGUCAAUCCUCAAGCUAGCACCAGCAGUGACUCCACAUUGGAGGUGCCUUUCCGAGGGAGAGAAAUAGUAGCCUACGACGACAUCCUCUGAUGAUGCCAUUACCGCUGAACUUCCAUUGGCUUAGGAACGUCUUCCUUAAUGUUUGCAACAUCAGCGGCAUCUUCUAGGUUGUAGUUACUAGUUACGCAUAGCAUUAGGUGAAGUCGAGGCUUGUGUUAAACUUUGUGCUUCGCGUGUUAGACUUGCACAAUGUUGCAUUGGACAUGUAAAAUUCGUGUGUUGCUUAGGAAACUGUAAUUUUAUAUAGAUGUAACAACAGUGGUUUUAAAUGGGCGAAGAGUAUGCAGAA